ACAUGGGAGAGAACGGAGCACAGCAUAUUUGUGUACUACUAGGAGGGAAACACGAAAAAAGCAGAGCAUAGAAACGCAAGCACAGGAUGGUGGUGGCCAAGAGGCGCCUGCCCCUAGUGACCUCACUUUCACGGCCAGUGCGAGAGGCGAGGGAGCUCCAGCCCUGCCUGUAAGGUCUCGGAAGUACGCGGCGGAGAGGACGAAAAACGGAGGGCCAGUCUGUUGCGGCUGUGGUGGAGACGAGAAACCAGGAAGAAGAGGCUCACCUUCCACUCGGCGACCGUAACCGCCGCAGCGGAAGGCGAGCGCAGACAUCAGCAGCAGCGGCCCCCCAAAUCUCGCCCCUUGUCCUGGCGGAAGCGGGAGCCGGAAAGACGCGCGCCGCAGGGGCGGGACUGGAGAGGGGCCCCGCGCUGAUCUCGCGAGAGCGUUAGAGGGCGGAAGCUCUAUUUGAGCAGGAUGAGGUUCGUGGUUGCGUUGGUCCUCCUGAGCGUCGCGGCGGCUGGAGCCGCGCAGCUCUCGGAAACCGCAAGUGUCAAGAAAGAAGAAGCUGGAGUUCGGCCUUCUACAGAAAACUUGAGCCAACGGCCUGGAGGCUCUACCAAGUCGGAUCCGGAGCCGCACACUUCAGUAGACAGCCCUAGCAGGUCGAAUCCGGAGCCUGAGACUUCAAAAGACAGCCCUAGCAAGUCGGGUGCGGAGGCGCAGACCCCAGAAGACAACCCCAACAAGUCGAGUGCGGAGGCAAAGACCCAAAAAGACAGCUCUAGCAAGUCGG